AUGGACUUUUCUCAUAACAUCGGUGAAUCAUCAUCCUUCGCUCAUGCACAGGUAUCUUACCCACCCCUCCUACUCGGGAAAAGGCUAACGCCAGGGUACUGCUUCAUCUUCUGGGUCAACCAGUCUUCUCCUGAAGCUCAGUUUGACUUUUUUGAAUGGCAUGGACACUUCCAGUCAUGCGUACGGUAUUUCCUGGACCAUGCGCAGCACUCUGAGCAUGUCAAGGUGGUAGCGGCCUUUAUCAAUAUCACGUUACCGUUCCAGAACGUCAACAAGCCCAUCAUGUCAUCAAGGGUCAGCCUCUCGCCGACAGGACAGCAACAGGUCCCGGGGAAGCCGGGACCAGGGAUAGGAUCUUCGAGAGGGGAGGUUGAUUUCAGUUUUGGCGGAUUCAGAGGCAGCUCGAUGCCCUUCCAUUCACCCCAGCAGCAUCUGCCGCAACACCAAGAUCGGACUGGCACACCAUCUCCGGCCGCACCAUACUGCACGCUGACGCCGUACAUCCGCCGACUGGUGGCGAUGGGCCUCGACUCUGAAGGCAUGCUGCAUGGAUUCUUUGGUGAUGACUGGAAGUUGGGGGUUGGCCCCUUUCACGAAGUGGAGAGGCGCAACUAUUUGUUUGCCUCAAAGAGCGCCAAUUGGCUGCGCGUCAAGGCGAGCUACGACAUGGACGGCGGUCAGUACAUCCCGUACAUCAAGCCACUUCAAAAUGCUACCGAGGCCGAGAUUAAGUCCGCCGACAACAGCUGGAGUGAGUGGCUGCUCAUGCAGGAUUGGAUGGUUGGUCCCAGGGCCCCUGCCGACAUGGAAGAUAUUGGAUUUGGCGGUCAGCCGCAGCAGAGGCGCCAAAGCCACCACCACCAUGGCCAGCAGCGCGACGAGGGGGGCGCGAGGGUCCAUAUCAAGCGUGAGGAGGAAUGA